UUCGGUUUAUACUGAGGAAAACACGGGGCUGUUUUCCGAGCUACGGGACCUGACUGACCUACCGUCAGCUAUCACCGACAGACUCAACCAUGUCUGAGCCCAGCAGGCAGGACAUCGCUGCUAUCUUCAAGAGACUUCGUGCAAUUCCCACGAAUAAGAUUUGCUUUGACUGCUCAGCUAAAAAUCCCAGUUGGGCCAGCAUCACCUAUGGUGUGUUCCUGUGUAUAGAUUGCUCUGGGACACACAGGUCUCUCGGGGUGCAUCUGACCUUUAUCAGGUCCACUGAGCUGGAUUUCAACUGGUCGUGGUUUCAGCUGAGAUGUAUGCAAGUGGGAGGCAAUGCCAGCGCGGUUUCAUUUUUCACCCAACAUGGAUGCAUAACCAGCGCUGCCAAUACCAAGUACAACAGCCGGGCUGCUCAGCUGUACAGAGACAAGAUAAAGACUUCAGCCACACAAGCGACCAGACGCCAUGGCACUGAGUUGUGGCUUGACAGUCAGGCUCCUCUCUCCCCAACAUCCCCAGAGGACAAGCAGUUGGAUUUCUUUAGUCUGCAUUCACAGACUCUUCCUGACAAUUUGAACAUGCCAAAGUCCAGUCUCAGCUCCUCCACAUCAGAGAAGACUUUAACCGGGCAAACGGAGGAAGACAGUAACGGUAAUCUAGAUGAGGGUCCUAGUGUGGAUAUGCUGAGUGUUUCUCCAAAAGCAAAUCCAGAGCCUUCCUCUCUUUUUAAGAAGAAGCCGACUGCUGCCAAGAAAACAUUGGCCUCUAAGAAGGGCGGUCUGGGCGCCCAGAAGGUUAGCAGCAAGAGUUUCUCCGAGCUGGAGAAGAAGGCUCAGGCUGCCGACAAGUUCAGAGAGAACGAGGAGAGCACUGGUGCAGCCAAGAACUACCAAUCUGAGGAAUCCAUCGCUCCAUCCCUACGACUGGCCUGUAAAGAUUUCGAGCAGCAGAGGAAAAUGGAGGAGAAGAAGUUGAAGGGAUUAGAGGGGAAUAAGAAAGUGCAAGCUGAGAGACUGGGCAUGGGUCUGGGCAUGAGGAGUGGAGUGUCUCACUCUGUGACAUCAGACAUGCACAUGAUCCAGCAGGAGAGUCCGAUGGGAAAGACCACCAAAGGACGUCGGUUGACUGAGGAUGAUGAAGAUGAAGGGUCCUUCAGUUCUAGGGUCAUGUCCCGGUUUGAGGAACAAACAGAAACCUCAGAUAUUUUCUCCUCGAGGUGGGAUGAUCGAGGUGAAGAAGGAGGCUGGAUGAAGGAGAGCAAAAAACCAGAGCCGGACUUCUUCCUGACCUCCACUAUAACAUCACAGAACGACAGAUCCACAGCCAGAAGAAAACCAGAUGCCGUACCAGUGUCCGACACAGGAGAAGCUCAGAAAAAGUUUGGAGGUGACGUGAAAGCCAUCUCUUCUGACAUGUUCUUUGGAAAAAGAGAUGACUCUAAGUACGAGGCCAAAACACGACUGGAAAGAUAUUCCGGGAGUUCCUCUAUAAGUUCAGCCGACCUCUUUGACGAUCCAAAGAAACAAACUGUGAGUUCGUACCGUCUCACCAACGUGCUGCCCAGUGCUCCCGACAUGUCGCAGCUCAAACUGGGAGUUCGCUCAGUGGCGGGAAAACUCUCCGUCAUGGCCAGCGGCGUAGUUAGCUCAAUUCAGGAUCACUACAGCUCCUGAGUCAUGGCGCCCCUCCUCUUGGAUUCAGCGCCCACAUCGUGGUCCUCUGUUUUAACAGAGUCAGAUACAUUUCCCAGUGAGUGGUGGUCACUCCUACUGGGAGCUAAAUAAGUGUGAUGGGUAAAUUUGUUCUAUCGAGUGAUCAAAAUUGACGCCCUGUAUACAUCUAUAUCUAGUUUUUUAUUAGAUCAUGUAUAUACAACAGUUGUUUGUUUGAAUCAAGAGGAUCAAGCACAAUAUUUUCAGAGGAAAUUAUGUUCCCCUGCCGGCUUGUUGAAGGGAGAUCUCUCUGUUUAGUUCAGUUAUGAAGAAUAUUUAGUUUGCAGUUUAUUGCUUAGUUUGCUUUGAGGUCUUGGGAUUUAAAUAUUUAGAGGUAUUAUAUGUAGCACAGGGUUUAUGGUGCUUUGAAGGAUGGAUUUGCAUUUUGAUUCCUUAAGUUGACGAGGUUAAAAAAAAAAAAAGCAGUGGGGACAAUUCAGUUGUUUUUAAUUGGUCAACAUACUCUUGCUCAUCACAUACACGUAUUGUGCUUUUUUGCACAUUCCCACGGGUUUGAAAGUGUCCUUUCUGUCCCCAAAGUGUACUUAUAUUUGCUCCUCUACAGACAGGACCAAAACCUGAUAAAGAGGCUGUUGGGGACCAUAUGUAUAUAUAUAGAUAUAUCUAUAUAUCUAUAUAUAUCUAUAUAUAUUUCUUUAGUCAGACAUACUCUCAGUUAUGUAAACUGAAAUUGACCUCAUUAGCACAGAAGCUUCGUAUAUCUUUUUUUCGAGGGCCAUGCAUCUGUUAUUAUAACACAAGAUGACAUGAAACCUAAGCAGCUAUUGAAAACUGAGUUUAAAGGAAAAGUUCGACAUUUUGGGAAAUAUGCUCAUUAGCUUGCCAAGAUUAUGUUGAGAAGAUUGAUAACACUGUCAUAUCUGUCAGUUCAAUACAAAGCUGUAGCCACGUAGCUUAUCUUAGCUUAGCAUAAAGACUGGGAAGAAGGGGAAACAGCUAGCCUGGCUCUGUCUGAAGGUAACAAGUCUGCCUACCAACCAAAGUAUAAAAAGUUAGGCUAUUGUAUUGAUUUAACAAAUAAGUUAGACCUAUGCUAAGCUAAGCCAACUGCCGGUUGGCUGUAGCCUUUCAAUUUUGAACAGAUGUGAGAGUUUUAUCAAUCUUCUCAUAUAAGCAAUCUGCUGAAUAGCAUUAGAAUGAGCCUGCUCAGUUGCACUACGCGUUUUUGUCUCAAUCCUGUUGCUUGGAAACAGACACUUUGAGAUGUCAUAAUCGAUAAUACAGUCAACAUUGUAACCUGGAGAUUCAUGGAUUUUUAAGGGGUGCCUUUUCAUGGUAUUUUCGUUUUAAUUUGUGGAUGUCUUUUGUUGGUAUUUGUGUUCAUCUGCUAUGACUUUCCAUGCCCCCCCCCUAAAUGUAAUGGCAUUCAUUUAGGACUCUUAAAGUCUAGAUGAUUCCUGAUGUGGUGGGACCUCUUUGUAGCUUUCAGGCCCCAUUGUACUGCAACACUAGUCCACUUCAAAUAUGAAUGUAAACAAUCCCUUUAAAGUCUUUAUUUUUAGUUGUUGUUGUAACAUACUGCCAAGGUCCAAGAUAUAUGUUUAGAUCUGACCUGAUAAUUGGGUGUGAUUUUGAAUUUGACAUUUAAAAGCAAUAGGGAAAAAAAGGUUGAUAUCUGUUUGUUUUGCUCUGGUAUUGAAUAACUAUGGCUUUAGCAUUAGCCUUUAGUGUAUUUUCAUUAGGUAAAGUUUUCCAUGAUGCUGAAAAGGUUUCUUCAGAUUUCCAGUUGUGCAGAGUUAAGGGACUAGAAUAUUUAAGAAAAGGAUGAUUACAUUUCUGAGCAAUUUCUGUUCCGUUUCUGUUUCUCAGGAGUUUGAUUCGAGUUGUUGAAUAUGAAACACUAAAAUGAAAGUCGUAGAUCCUUCAAUGACCAAAUAUUUGUUUACUCCACUCUAUGCCUUAGUCCAAAGAUCUCUGAUUAACGCCCCCUCAUAUUGCAAUAUAGUGGAGUCAUCUGGUUACCUUUUUGCACAUUAUUUGUCAGAAAAUUGCAUGUGGCAGCUUUUGCUUGAAUGUACUGUAUUACAAUUGAACCGUUGCCUCUCCGUUGAAGUUGCGUCCAAGUUAGACUUUAAUUUUGUUGAUCUUUGUAAGAUUUUUUGUCUUCUGCCGUUUAAUAUUGUCAAAUGUUACAUAAAAGAAUAGUAGCUUGUGUAGGUUGCAUGACCCCUGUAGUUAAUACACGCUGACACAUCCUGGAUACGAAAAGCAUACGGCCCAAUUAAAUAAAAGUAGAAUAACAGAAUUGUUCAAUAAAAAGCUGUAUAGUACUGCUACAUGCAAUUAUGUAUAGGGCUUUGAAUUACCAUUUAUAGAAAGCUACAGAUAAUGAAGUUUUGACAUAUUUUGACACUCAGAAAUGUUUUUUGAAACAUGCCAAAUAAAUGGCUUGUGCCGAAGCUC